CGGGCUCAGCGAGGCGCGGAGACGUGGCGCCACCUGGGCCCCGAACCCAUCCAGCCAGGCCCCCUAAAGGUGCGGAGAAGAUGGGGCCCUGAGCGCCUGCGGGUCCUGGAACUCACUGCAGUCGCGUCCGCUUGGACACUCCCUCCCCCAGUGGUUGCGUUGGGAUUUCAGACAUUUUCAGACCGACAGGGGAUAGCUGUCCCGCUACGUAUGUCCCAGACGCUGCACGGGACGCCCUCGGGCUGAGUUACUGGCUGGAUGGGCAACAGCACGUCUUCAACUUGGGGGAAGCCUGCAGCUGCUCCCGUGAAUCAGAUCCAGAAGAGUUCCAGUCACAAAUGCAUGUGUGAUGCACUUUGACACGUACUGCUAAGAUGAACUGCAGAAAUGAAAGCCACACAUCCAUGUUAGUACUCUCAGAUGCGAUUAGAUGUACUUUAUCAUGUUUUUAUGCUACUGACCUAGAAAAAAAAAUUAAAAAGGGUAACAGACAUCUAGGACCUGCGACCUGGAUUCUUCUGGGAUGACCUGGGACUUCACAAGGAGAGAUUUUAUCACAGCCCAUUCACACCUCAUCUGAGCCCUCGCCUGGAUUCAUACUCAUUUCCUUCAUUGGCACUUGUCACCACUUUAUCUCCCAGGAUGGCGGACAGUCUCCCUACAGAGUUUGAUGUAAUUAUCAUAGGGACAGGUUUGCCUGAAUCCAUCCUUGCGGCUGCAUGUUCAAGAAGUGGGCAGAGAGUGCUACAUGUUGAUUCGAGAAGUUACUAUGGAGGAAACUGGGCUAGUUUCACCUUUUCGGGAUUGCUCUCCUGGUUGAAGGAGUGUGAGCAAGACAGUGAGGCUGGGGACGAAAGCACUGCUGCCUGGCAAAACCUGAUCCAGGACACAGAAGAAGCCAUCGCUCUGCGUGGGAAGGAUGACACCAUUCACCACGUAGAAGUGUUCUGUUACGCCAGCGAGGACACGGGUGACAGUGCCGAAGAGAUUGAUGCUUUGCAGAAAAAUCCUUCCUUGGUAGCGUCUAGUACCCUCACCAAACCUCUGGAUUCUGCAUGCCUGUCCGAAGAAACACACUCAGACAGUACUAGCCCCGAAAUGCCUGCCAAAGACACUCCACCACACGAUGGAGAAAUUUUACCAGAAGUCACCGAUAGAGAGGAAACUGAGGUGAAAGAAAAGGAUUGUGGAGAGAAAACUUGUAUACACACAGUUUCAGACGGAGCUAAGGAUGAAAAUAAACCUGUGGUAGAAGACAGCACAGGUCCACCAAAGAGAAAUAGGAUUACUUACUCUCAGAUAGUUAAAGAAGGCAGGAGGUUUAAUAUCGACUUGGUCUCAAAGCUGCUGUAUUCUCAAGGCUCGCUGAUCGAUCUUUUGAUCAAAUCCAAUGUCAGUCGCUACGCUGAAUUUAAAAAUGUCACCAGGAUUCUCGCAUUUCGAGAGGGGAAAGUAGAGCAGGUGCCUUGUUCCCGAGCAGAUGUCUUUAACAGCAAAGAGCUCACCAUGGUAGAGAAGAGGAUGCUGAUGAAGUUUCUGACAUUUUGUUUAGACUAUGAGCAGCACCCGGGGGAAUACCAGGAUUUCACACAGCGCCCCUUUUCCGAGUACUUAAAGACUCAAAAGUUAACCCCCAGCCUCCAGCACUUUAUACUCCACUCGAUCGCAAUGACAGAGCCAUCCUGCUUGGCAGUAGACGGCCUUAAAGCAACAAAGCACUUCCUUCAGUGUCUUGGACGGUACGGCAACACUCCCUUCUUAUUCCCCUUGUACGGCCAAGGGGAAAUCCCCCAGUGUUUCUGCAGGAUGUGUGCUGUUUUUGGUGGAAUCUAUUGUCUUCGCCACAGAGUGCAGUGCCUCGUGGUUGACAAGGAAUCUGGAAGGUGUGAAGCAGUGAUAGAUCAUUUUGGUCAGAGAAUCAAUGCGAAGUAUUUCAUAGUGGAGGACAGCUACCUUUCCGAGGACACCUGCGCAGGCGUGCAGUAUGAGCAGAUCUCCAGGGCCGUGCUCAUCACGGACCAGUCCGUGCUCAAGGCAGAUUCCGACCAGCAGAUCUCCAUGUUGACGGUCCCUCCGGCGGAACCAGGCACGCAUGCCGUUCGGGUCGCUGAGUUAUGUUCUUCAACCAUGACGUGCAUGAAAGACACCUACCUGGUGCAUCUCACCUGCUCAUCCGCCAGCACAGCAAGAGAAGACUUAGAGCCAGUGGUGCAGAAAUUAUUCACCCCCUACGCGGAGACAGAAAUAGAUGAGGGAGACCCUCCGAAGCCGGGGCUCUUGUGGGCUCUUUAUUUUAACAUGAGGGAUUCCUCAGGGGUCAGCAGAAGCUCUUACCAUGGCUUACCUUCCAACGUGUAUGUCUGCUCCGGGCCUGACUGUGGACUAGGAAACGAGCACGCAGUCAAGCUCGCCGAAACCCUUUUCCAGCAGAUCUUCCCAGGAGAAGACUUCUGCCCGCCACCGCCCAAUCCAGAAGACAUUAUCUUCGAUGGGGAUGACAAGCAACCAGAGGCUCCUGGCACCAAUACUCUCAUCGUGGCCAAACUAGAAUCCUCCGAAGGAAGCCAAAACUUAGACAGCCCAGGACAGCAUCUUCAAAAUUAGGAAAAAAGAAAAGGAGGCUGGAAAUGCUACUGUGGGCCUUCAUCCUAGCAUCCAAAAAUUCUCAUUUAAAGGACAGUUUCCUAUAUGAGGAAGUUGAAGUGGUUAUGUGAUGCGUGCUGUCAGUCACUGGAUGUCUGUUAACCUGUCAGUAACUGAUUCAUUAGUUAUUGGACUGUUUUUUGUUUGUUUCAGAAUGUACUCCGUGAUCCAGAAUCUUAAAGAGGGUUAGCUUUAUUUUAGUAUUGGGUGUAUAGGUGAGGGUUCCAUAUUAGCAACUGUGUUUAAAGGAGGAUUAUAUUGUAUCUGCUAAUGACUUUCAGAUUUUAUUCUUGUCUACAAUGACAGUGUCUAAAGGGUAUUUUACUUUGCAGCUAAGAUAGUUGCUACCACCUCUGAGUAAAACACACACACAGUAAAUUAUGUGGGUCUUUUGUAUAUAAUAUAAACAUUUAUGGUAGCAAUAGCAACUAAUGCAAGUGCCAAUAUAAAAUUGUCUAAUUAAAAGACUAGCUUUGCAUGAUCUUUUAUUUGUGAAGGUCUGAUGUUUACAAAUGUCUCACUGUUAAUUCUCCUAAGCCACCCUUGUAACCCAGAAGGCAACAUCACCACCACAAUCUUCUAACAUUAGAACAAGUGCCAGAAAGUCCAGUUACUUGUUGAAGAGCUCAUUCUUGGGAGGUUCCGUCAGAGAAAAUGUAGGGGAGAAGAUUCGUUCUGAUUCAAUAUUUCAGAAAAUAUCUGCAGAACCCUGGCACCGAAAAGAAGAGUUUCCAACCAGUAACUCAGGCAAAAAGAAAAACCAAAUGACUCUAGGCACCAGAUACUUAAGAAGGACGGUUUUCAAAUCCCCAAGGAGGAACCUAGUGAGUCCGUUUGAACCCGGGGUUCCCUUGCCCCGCCUUCUCAGUGAGGGUGAGCCUUCCUCCUCGUUGGCUCGAGCAUUAUAAUUCACACCAUGAACUGCAGCUGACAGGAGUGAAUCCAAGCAGGACUUCCCACAUCCCUUUGGUUGUGUCCCACCCCACAAAUAGGGAACCACCUUCAUCAUCGCUCUGCCUCUGGGCUGGUAUCUAUCUAGGGGAUAGAAGUACACAGUUUCCCAGACCCACCAGGGGUCGUGAAGCUGUUAGUCCAGUGAUGCAUCCAGCUGUGGAGCUGUAAGAAGGGGUGAACCUCUCCCUUCCAGUCCCCUUUGCAUUCCUCAGUGAGAAUGAGCUUCCCGUGGAGAGAGGCCAUCAGGAGAGUUUCUGUUCCGGAAAUGAGCCUUGACCAUGUGCUGGCCACUUACCGUGCUCUCUCAUUACGGCUCCUCAACCCUGAGAGGCAGGUGUUGAAUACAUUUUCAAAGCAGAAACCAAGACUUCGUUCAUCCAUUUCUCCGAGUCUGGUAGGUAAAGAGCCAGCGUUGGGAUCCAGGCUUUCGUGAUUUCAGAAUCCUUCCAUGAACGUUAACGUAGAAGAAUGCAGAUUCCGGAGGAGGAGGGAAAAUGCCCCUGAAAAGUCAGUCUGUUGUUGCUGGUGAAGGAAAGGAGAUAGAAAUUGGUCUCCACUCAUUACCGAAUUGGACAAAUUGGAAGAGUAGGAGUAAAAAUAAAGAUAGCUUAGAGCUGUGGACCUCAUUGAGACAGAAUUUGGCUAAGUUUUAACAAAAGAAUGCUUUCUAAUCAUGUAUCUUUUGAUCUGAACACCAUGUCAUGAGAAAACAGAUGUACUAAGCCAAAAGAUGUUCUGAGUAGUCUUUUGUUGCUGUUCUAUGUGCGGAAAACGAAACAAGAAAGAUGAAGUCAUUUAUGCCUUCCUGAACGUAGAGAAGUCAUAAAUUGGUUUUAUAUGGUUUUUGAAUAUAGCAAAGUGAUAUUAUUGGAUGGAUCCUAAAGUUUAAAUCCAGCCAAAAUGCCUGAAAUAGAUCUAAAAAUUACUCAUUAAAACGAAAAAGAAUUUAAGAUGAUAAGUAAGAUGGAGGUGAAGGUAAUCCAGACCUAUUGAAAAAAAAUUUUCAAUUUCAAUAAGAAUAUUCAUAAGAAUUUGAGAAAAGGAACAGUGAGAAGUUGCAAAAAAUGUAGAGCCAAACAUAAUGGAAACAGAAGAAAAGUGUUAAGCUAGUCCAAAAUAAGGAUGGUUUUGAAAACUAACAAUGAAUACAUUACUUUCUACUGGAAUGCAAAAUAAAUCAGAAAUGAGAAAAGUUAUGACCAAUACAAAGCCUUAAAAAAUUAGGGAAUAUUAUAACAGUAUAAUUUUUGGAUGACUUGGAAUCUUACUCUAAUGGACUUAUUGGUGUAGUUUUUCAAAUGUUCAAAGAAUAAAUAAUAUCUGUAUCAUGAAAGAUGAUAUGCUGAUAUUUGCAUUUUGAGGCAAUUAUGGCCUCCAUACCAGAAGUCAAACAUUUUGAAAAGGGCCUCAUUCUGAACAGAUGCGAAAUAUUGUCAAAUAAUACACAACAAAUAAAAUACAGGCAUACCUCAUUUUAUUGUACUUCGCUUUAUGGCACUUUGUGGAUGUUGCGAUUUUUUUUUGCAAAUUGAAAGUAAGACCCUCCACCAGCGAAAAGAUUAUGACUUGCAUUAUUUUAGCAAUAAAGUAUUUUUGUAGUCAUAAUGCUGUUCACACUUAAUAGUGUGAACAUAGUGUAAACAUAGCUUUUAUAUGCACUGGGAAACCAAAAAAAUUCAUGUGACUUCACUUCAUUGUCAUUUACACUUUAUCACCAAUCCCACAACAUUCUCUGAGGUAUGCCUGCAACUAGUUACUAUGACUCAGGAUUAUAACAGAGCAAAUUAGUAAAAAAUUUAAGCUAUUAACUACAGAUAACUUUAAAAAUCUGGACAUUUAUCAUGCAUAUUUGCUUUAAUUAUCUCUGGUAAUGAUUUUGUUGGUUUCUCAUAGUGUGAUAAAUAAAAUCAAGAACUAACAUCUUCCCUAUUGGGGCAAUUUAUAGGAAAUAUUUCUCAAGCAGAAAUCAAACAAUCUUGACACAGUGUUUAUGUACCUAUGAUUUAAGGAGCUUGUAAUGAGCAUUCACAAAAUGAGAGACAACAGAAAGCAGCACAAUAUUUUCUGGAACAUGGCUUUGAAACUAGUGAAACUUAUGAAAACAUACUGAUAAUAGAAGACUAAUUCAGGAAGAUGCGGGAUGUGCAUUCAUUUAAAACGAAUCUCAUUUCUAGAUUCCAACAGUGACGAACUAAAAUGUAAAAAGUUUGAAUAUUGAUAUAUAUGAACCAUUUAAGGAAUAUUCUACAACUAUAUUGGGAUAAAUUAAGACCGACGCUUAUAUAGAAGCAGAUGGAAGGAACUGCACCCUAGUGCAGUGGAAAAGAAGGAAUAGGGCGUCCGAAAACCAAAAUUACAGUCCUCCCCUCACUAUUUGCCAGUGGUAUAAUCUUGGAGAAAUCACUCCUGGCUUCUAUUUCAUCAUCUAUAAAAUAGCUACUUUGCAGCAUUAUUCUGAGGAUUAAAUUAUAUGUGAAAUGUCCAUAGGAAUGGCAAUAGGUGGCUUUCAUAUGUAGCUUUACCAUACUGCCACUUCACACUCCUAGUGGAUGCCUUAUAAUUUGACAGAAUUGUGAUAAAUUAUUUAGGAAAAUAAGCAAGCCAAGAUAUGUUUUUUUUAAUUUAGGGGGAAAAAUGGGAGUCUCAUACUUCAAAUUCUUAAAACGUGCUAUUAAGCAACCUUUCUAAAUAUACUAUGUACUGAGUAGAAAGUUUAAGAUUAAUAAGCCAAUUGGAAAGAAAUAAAUAGUAAGUACUGGUGGAAAGACUAGCUGGAUGCUAGAAUGGAAAGAAAUUAGAUCAGAUGAAUUAAAAUGUUAAAUAUCAAGAUAAAAAUAAAAACACUGCAUUUCUCAUCCCAAUAAUGGUACAAAGGAAACUUGAUGGCAAUGAAAAUCAUUAUUGACAGGUAGAUGAGAUUAAGUAAAUGAAAAAUGUACUAAAUAGAAGAGGAAGACAAGAUGGGUUUUUAAAAAGCUACUUGCAUUAUAUAUGGAUCAAGGGCUUAAUAUUUUUUAAAGGGGAGAUGCAAAUCCAUAAGGUUUUCUACUCUACCAGGCAAAUUCAUUGAAAGGAUUGGUACAGAUGAAAAAAUACAAAUAAAUUCUAAGGAUGAUAUUCAGAUUUCCUGGUAUUAAAAAUGCAAAUUGAAACAACUUUGACCUAAUUUCUACUAGUUCAUGCUAGUAGCAAAAGUUUUCAACUGCAUGUUCCACAUACCAGUAGUAGUAUUCUAUUAGUAGAUUUUAAAAGAACUAUUUAGAAAAACAUAAUAAGAGCUCUAUAACCAAUAUCUUUUGAUAGAUCUCAUUUUGAGAAGCAUAUAUCCAGGAAAAUAAAAUUAAAGGAUUAAUUGUUUAAAGAUAUUUCUAGUAAUUCCAUUCAUUUGAGUUUUUUUAAAACCCAAUAAUUGGGAAAUGUAUAAAUAAGAUUUUGUGUAUUGCUAUUGCUAUCAAAAACUGUUAUGUAGACAUUAAAUAAUAUUUAUAUAUGUAAAAUUGUAUGGGAAAAUGUUUAAAUGAGACUCAAAAGUGUUAGAACAUAAGUUAUAUUUACUGAUUAUAUUCAUGUACAUUGAGAAUCAGAAUAAAACAUGAUUAAUUGGAAUUUAACAUUAAGAGGUCUUUAUUUUCUGUAAAAUACUGAUGUGUGCAAUGAAAAAUAAAAGAUUAUGGUAUACUGA